UGGUCCAAGCCGAUCCGAGUCCUUGAAGCAGGAGGAUCCGGCUUUCAUGGGAUUGUAUUGCCUCUUUAGAGGUUUCAUGAGCCUCUGAUUCAGCAGAAACACCUGACACACUCACUGGAUUCUGCUCAAUGCUUCACAUUAUAUUUUCCUGUGAGAAGAUGCGAGGGGAGAGCAGGUUUAGCUAAAAUAAGAUAACAGGAGCUGACCUCUAGACGUCUGCAGAUCCACCUGUUUGUUUGAGCAGGAUGAUCUACAUCAUCAUGGGAGUCUCAGGUUGUGGAAAAAGCACCUUAGGGGCUUUCCUAUCAGAAAAGUUGGGGUGGCCCCUGCAUGAAGGAGACAACUUCCACCCGCAGGCCAACAUUGAGAAGAUGGCUCGUGGUGAAGCACUAACAGACCAGGACAGAAUGCCUUGGCUUCUCACACUGCAUGAAGUCAUCGAGAGAGAAAGGUGCUCGGGCUCUGAUGCUUUUGUGGUGUGCUCCGCCCUGAAGCGCUUCUACAGACAGAUCCUGCUCUAUGGUUCCAGAGCCCUCACCUCCUCUUCCAGUCUAGACCAAGAAAUCCCACUUUCCACCCCUCCUGAUAUCUUUUUUCUCUUCCUAUAUGGUGACUACGAUCUCAUUCAUCAGAGGAUGGUGGCCCGCAAAGGACAUUACAUGAAAGCAGACAUGCUACGUUCCCAGUUUGAGGUUUUAGAGCCCCCGCUGGAUGAGGAGAAUGUGUUGCCACUGAACAUCGCGAGGACCCUCGCUGAUAUGGCCACAGAGGUUGAAAACCACUACAUCAGCCUCGGCAACAGACAGAUACAGGGCCAAUGACCUACCAAUGAGAAUAGCUGUUUAUAAGAGUUUGGUAAUCUUAAAGGGUUUUCAGGUGUAUAAUCCAAAGAUCAGGGUAAAGCACAUUUUGACCAAAACCACACAAGCUUGUUGUGGGAAUUCAGAAUUUUUCUUCUUUUCUGAGUCUGUAAGAUCCUGUGGUGCAUUUGUGAUUCUGAACACUGCAGCUAGUUGGCUAAAACUACUUCAGUGCCAUCAUAACUUGUAAUAUCUAUCCCACAGGGUUUGAAUUGUGACCAAUUACAGAUAUCUACCUCCAGUAGCAUACAACAAGGGAAUGGUGACAAGAGUGAUCAAACAAGAAUAUUUUACACUGUGAGGAUUCCUGUUUUUCACAGUGAACGCACACAUUAAUUAUACUAUGCAGUAACAGUUAAAACACAUGGUUUGUAUAUUCUGUAAUUUUGGGUUGCAAACCAGAAUUAUGAGCCUGUAGAGGGCUGCUGUUUGACCUGCAGUUGCCUUUUGUUGCACAGAGUGCAGUGUGGUGAAUUUUCUGUGGAAAAUCGUACACCUGUCUAUAACCUGUCUGCACAGACAGCAGCCAAUGAUGUACAAAAUGCCUCAAGUAGAUCUUAAUUAUUAAAGAGCAACGAGGAACAAUGUUUUAAUGUUAAACUUUAAGACAUAAUUUUAAGCAGAUCAGUUUAUGUUUACAUGUAACAAACAUGUAGAUUUGGUUUUGCUGUGUCUGUACUGAGUUGAUUUACUGUUGCCUGGGCACAAAUACAGUACAUCAAAUUAAAAUAAACAGAUGUUUCUGAGUGAAAUUUUGGAUUGAUGGAUUUGGAUUUAUUGUACUUUGAUGGCAUGUAAAUGACAUGAACCUAUUAAUUUAUGUGCUAGCAGUUUCAUGACACAGGAAGUCCUUUUAUUGCAUAUUUCAAGAAAAAAAAAGUUUUUCUAAUUU